UCUAGGGUUGAACUAUGUGUGGUUCAGUCCACCCUGUCAGUUUGCGGCGUAUACCAUGAAUUCUCUCCGCUGUAAUUCGCCUACCUUCAUUGCUCAGUGAUUAUCACGCCGCAAAUUUUGUCAACACUGAAAAAGAAAAACAUGGCACAGGCAGCACAGAUUAAUGUCCUCGAACUCAACACACCGAUCACAGUGGAGCACGACCGAAAACGACGACAAUUCACAGUUAGACUAAACGGCUCUCAUGACCGUGCUGUGCUGUUGUAUGAGUAUGUGGGCAAGAGAACGGUGGACCUGCAGCAUACAGAGGUGCCAGAUGCCUACAGAGGAAGAGGGAUUGCUAAGCACUUAGCCAAGGCUGCCAUGGACUUUGUGGUAGAAGAGGACUUGAAGGCCCACCUUACAUGCUGGUACAUCCAGAAAUAUGUUAAGGAGAACCCUCACCCGCAGUACCUGGAACGUGUCCUUCACUGAUGCCAUGAGAGCGAGGGAGAGCGAGAGAGAGGGAGAAGAGCCUGUCUCUUUGGGCUUGGACACAGAUCUGACAUCCAUGCAAAGGGCCAGGGUGAAAGCGGCUCGCGUGCCCGCCGACAUCCGUUUUUCAGGACCUGCGCAAAGCAGAAGAGAUCCGUUCUUUUCCCCCCAAGGGCUAAAUGACUCCGCCGCGUGGCGCGGGAGCCUCCGCCGCGCUUCGACCGGGAGCACCGCGCAGAAAAAUCACCCACGGGCUGGUGUUCCCCGCGUUCGCCCGGCUGUGCUCUCGCUGCCAACAUGGAGCGGGCCGGCUUGCUUCACCGACAGCAGGAGGACCUGCGCGACUCGUGGUCGUCUGUCGUGUCACUCAAGACGCUCAGGAAGGCCCGUUUUUUCUCUCUGCGCGUUUGGAGAUGCCGGCCAUUGGGUGCGGAGACACCCGGGACCUAUUUUUACAGUCAGCUGAGACGCUAAUCAAGUUGUGCUGCAGGGAUUAGCAGCCUGCAAUGUGACCUGAUCUGUCAGUAGCAGGCUGUACAGAUCCCAGACACCUCUCCUGCUACUUCCAGGACAUUGUCUGGGGCACUGUUGGAAGAGCAUGAAAUUCAGGAAUUUCUCUGUUGUUGCUAUAAACUCAUAUGUCUGUUACAUUUCUAGUCAACCAAUGGACUCAGUAUGUAUCUCGAUGGUUCCGUUGAGCAAUCUAGAGGCAGUUGAGUGUCCCUAUUUAUGCCCUUCAAGCAACACUGGGCUGUAUGUACCCAAACCUUCAGCAUCCUGUAUCACAAGAAGACGAAAGACGUGCCACUUUCUAAAUGAAUCAGAUAUUACCGGCCUGUGUCAUCAAGGUUUGAUUUAUAAACAUGAUAAACAUGAGUUGAUGAACAGUAGAUUUGUCUCAACAGUUGCUGCUGGGUCAUGCCUGUAUGGUUGCUGUGUAGUGUGAGGGGGUGGGGGAAGUCUCUGUGCAGCAUAUCAAAUGCCAUGUGAUCCUCAAGCAGAAGCUUCCUCCUCACCAGUCACCCAGGACUUGUCUGCAGUGGACUCAAGGAAAAGUAGGCUUACACUUCAGACAUAGAUGAAACUGCCUGUGUUUCCGUAUGCCUAAAACCUUUUUGUUGACAACUUAUUUCUUUUUUUUUUUUUAAAUGUAUUAAAAACUUUAUCAAUUCCUGACUUCUG